CCAGUGCUACAAUCUGCUGUUUCACAUCUCAGACCUGUAGGUGGCAGCAAUGCGCUUUAAAGUUGAAUGUCAUCCGCCAAUGCGCACAAAUUGCACAGCAGAAGAAGAAAAUCUAAAACGAAGAGUAAGAUAAAAUCGAGUAUGGAAAGUACUACGAAUAAAAAACGGAAAGAAAAAGGUGGAGCAGAAAAAGCAAGGGAUAAGAAAAAGCGUAAUUUAGAUGAUGAAGCUGCAAAAUGCCACAAACUAACAGAUAUGUUCAGGAGCAGCAGCAGCAGCAGCAGCGCCAGCGGCACAGAGCCAGCCAGAGCUAGCAGCAGCGCCACGGCAGCACCUGUUCAUAAUAAUGAGGGACAGAGAGUCGAGCUUGUGGAAGUUCCACAGACAGACACAGGGCAAGUCGAGCAUAGACCAAGGCCCAGAGACCCCCCCAGCUCCACUUUAAACUGCUUUGAGCGCCCCAAGCCUGAUAAUCACAGUCUGGAUGUUUUUUUUUCCUUCCAUCCACAGAGAAAUACCAAGCAGCUUUUGGUACAGAGGCUUUUUAAACACAAAGAUGGCACAGACCGAAAAGAUCAAGUUAGGAAGAAACGACAAGUGCUGGAACGUGUAGUUGAUGUGGUGAAGUUCAUUGGAAAGAGAGGACUGAGUUAUCGAGGACAGCAGUCGGAGGCAGCAUACACUCUUGAUGACCACAACAUCGACCAUGGCAACUUUUUAGAGCUCAUCACUCUUCUAGGGAAAUACGAUUCAUCUCCACAGUACAGUUGCUAA